AUGGAGACCUCGCCGGACAGACAAUGCCACUCUGAGGGCUACAUGGCGGCUUACCAGCACUUUGCCACCCAGGCCAUCCACACAGGGCAGGAGCCUGAGCAGUGGUCCUCCAUGGCAGUGGUUCCCCCCAUCUCCUUAUCUACCACCUUCAAACAGAAUGCCCCUGGGGAGUACACGGUAAGAGGGGCAGAGCUGGGAUAUCACUACCCUGGGCUCUUGUGGGUAUCACUCCUACUCCCAUCAUUCUCUGCCAGAUGAAACCAAACCUCACGUUCACUCCUAUUCCCAUCAUUCUCAGCCAGUUGAAACCAAACCUCACUUUCACUUCUACUUCCAUCAUUCUCGGCCAAAUGUAUCCCAGCAACCUUACUUUUACUACUACUACCAUCAUUCUCAGCUAGCUCCCAGCCUUACUUUCACUCCUUCUCCUAUAAUUCUCAGCCAAAUGUGGCCCCGUCUUACUUUCAUUCCUACUUCUAUCACUCUCAGCCAGAUGUAUUAUAUGGUAAGAGCUGGUAUUCCACAAAUCAGCUGCUGUAGAACCUCCUGGAGACACACAGGUACAAACACAAGAUGUUCUGCAGCAGCAGGUUUUUGCGGAUAUACUGGCAUAAUGAUGAUGGUGGUGGUGGUGGAAACUUGGAAAAGGGGGGAGUGAGGACAAUGGGAAAUCCCAGUAGGUUCCACAUCAAUCUGCACUGGUCUGUGUCCCUCCCAACAUAGAGGGGCUCAUUCACAAAGCAGCAUCUGAUGCAAUAUUGCAUGUGGAACCUGCUCAAUACAAAUGCUUAGUCAUUGUAAGUGUGCAGUCUCCCUGCCUAGUGAGUGACAGCUUGUAGUGAGGGACUUGGGACCAAGCAUCUGUAAAUCCAGAACUGCUACAGCCAUGAAUCAUUGCUUUUAUGGGAAAAUACAUUGUAUCGCCCUUUAAUAAAAAAAGAAAGAAAAUUAGGGCUCAGCAGAAAAUUGUGAUAAACCAGAUAAUAACUGAGAUAAAUCAGGAGACUCAGUAAUUGAGAGAAAUCAAAGGGGACUAUUUUUUGGCACAGAAAGCCUGGCCAUUUGAAUAGAUGUUACACAUUUCUGGCUGCUCUGUGUGCAUUUAUUACAUAUAUACUGCUGGACCCAAGAUUUCAAAUCAAUCAUUUACCUGCACUAACUUCUUAAUAACCUGUAACAAUUCAUCUUUAUCUUUUUAAGAUUGCACAGCUCAUCUCUUGGUACAAUCAUCUCCUAGCAAAUAAAUUAAUUAUAUGUUUAUUUAACCCCUUAAGGACACAUGACAUGUGUGACAUGUCAUGAUUCCCUUUUAUUCCAGAAGUUUGGUCCUUAAGCGGUUAAAGGGAUUUUUUUUUUAAAAUUUGCAUCCAGCUGUUGUGGACUGCAAACACCAUCACACAUAGCCAGCCUAGGGGAAUCUCAGGAUACUAGGAUACUCAAGUUUAGUUUUUGUGUGUGUUUUUUUUGUUCCCCUCUUCCCUUCAGAGAUAAAGUACAUGGUUUUUUUUUUUUUUUUUUUUGGAGAAGUUACAUAUUGGUUUUGGAACAACCUGGUAGUCAUGGGUUGUGUCUUAAAAAUAAAUAAAUAUUCUCUCUCUAGGAAAAUUCCCCAACUGGGCUAUUGAAUCCUAAGUUUUUUUGUAGUUUGGUGACCUGGUUGUAAACUACUAUGUUUAAGAAUAUGGAAAUAUUGCUUUAUAUACUUUUACAUAAAACUAAUGUCAAUAAUACAAUUAUUCAUAAACAAAUAAGUUUAACAUUGUAUUAUAUCCCUGAGUUAUUUGCUAAACAAGGAACUAUAGAGUAUUGACAAUAGAAAUAUAAUUUUUAAUUCAAAGUCACUGAAUUAGCAAAAAAAAUUAGAACGCUGCAUUUUAUUCCAGCCUGGCUUUUUUUUUGGUCAAAAAUCUGUAAUUCUUGUCAGGUCUCCAAAUCCCAGAUCGUGGUUAAUAAAUCCCAGUUAUCACGUGACGAAUCACACCAAAUCAUGCGUGGUUUUAUAUUGGCUGCAUAACGUGGGAAUAUUCCUUGCUGAGACUGUAAACUUGUUUUGGACUGAUCUGCCCCCCGGCUUGAAAAUCCAUGAUCCAGAUACCAGCAGGAUAACAGGACAUUAAUAAUGACAGCGUUUAAAAAAAAAUAAUUUAAAAAAUUUAAAAAAACAUUCUUGAAUAGUAAAGGAAUGUAUGUUUGAUUUUUUUAAACUGCAAUAAAACAUUUUGAAAUUCCAAGAUUCUGAAAAUAUUGUUUACGUUUUGUUUUUUUUUCGUACUAGGGAUAUGAAUAUAGCCGCAGUGGAAAUCCCACCAGAAAUUGCCUGGAAAAAGCCGUGGCUGCCUUGGAUGGAGCCAAAUACUGUAGGUUGCCUUUGGUUCAUUGCUGUACAUUAAAGGGUUACGCCGAGCUUCAUAAUCCCUGCAGCCCUCUGUAGUGGUUAUGCCAGGAGUACCCUGGCGCCGUUGAGCCCCAGCGUAAUUUGCAGAGCCGCAGAAGCAGGGUGUUGAUCUUGCCUCCCAUCCAUUGGUUGAGAGCAUCAGCUGACCCCUCUCAGCCAAUGAAUGACGUUCUGUGCAUAUAAAUAUGCACAGAAUUGACAUUAGCCAGCCCAGGGUGGCUAAUGACACCCCAGUGACACUGCUAGAGGUGAAGUUGCAUCUCAGUAGCAGAGCUCUGUGUGUGCAGCAUUUCACAGUCGAAAGCUGCACAAACAAACCCCAGGCACCAUGACCACUUCAUAUCACUAAAAUGGUCAUGGUUCUUGUAGUAACCCUUUGAUAUUCUGUACAUUAGUGUGCAAUGGAACAUAUUGACAUUCCUGGUUAAAUGGUGACAGCAUUGAUGAGUUUGUAUUAAGCUUGCCUAAUAGUUUAUUUUUUAAUUUUUGUUUGUUUGUUUUUACUUUCUACAGGCUUGGCCUAUGCAUCUGGCCUGGCUGCAACAUUGAAUGUUGCUCAUCUGCUGAAAUCCGGGGAUCAGAUAAUCUGUACAAGUGAUGUGUAUGGAGGUAAAGGAAUAUUUUAUUAUAGAAAGAAUAUUUUUGAGAAAUAAAUUCCUUAUUAUCAGAUACUGUUGCUGCUACGUAAACCUUUGCACAGGGGUGAUAAUCCUCUUGAUAAUGCAGUCAUAAAAUUAUAGCUGAAUACGUAGAUUUUAUUUUUUAUUUUUUUUCCUACAGGUACAAAUCGAUAUUUUAAUAAGAUCGCCUCCGAAAUGGGUUUAAAAAUAGCUUUUGCUGAUUGCUCGGAUCUAAAAUGUCUGGAAGCAGCGAUUACAUCUGAUACCAAGGUAAAGUAAGAAAAUGAUUUGAUGGAUUAUAAAAAAACCAAAAAAAACCCCAAAUUAAUUUAGGGCCAUUCUGCGGUCAAGAAGGAAUUUUUUUUCCUAGCUUGAUGCAAAAUUGGAAGCGCUUCAGACUAGGUUUUUUGCCUUCUUUUGGAUCAACAGCAAAAAACAAAUGUGAGGAAGGCUGAACUUGAUGGACGCAGGUCUCUUUUCAGCUAUAAUUUGCUGCACUUCUGAGUUUAGUGGUCACUAUGGUUUAAAUUGUAUAUUGUCAUUUUAUUUCUAUUUGUGCUUAAUUUGUCAGUCUGGUUAGAAUGGUACUCUACAGAAAAUGUUGUAGAUGUGUGGAAUAGCCAUCCAGAGGCAUUAGCAAAAAAAAAACCAAUAAUGUAAAUAUACUGAUAAAUGUGUGGGAUGUACUCUACUCUUAAAACCAAAUAAUGAAAAUCUUUUCUGAUGCUCCACUAUGGAGAGGUGAGAUUAGCCAAUCUAUUUGUUUUGUUGUUUUUAUGAAUCCAACAACAAGUUAUACAUUUUUCUAUAUUCUAGCUGGUGUGGAUUGAGACUCCUACCAACCCCACGUUAACGGUUAUUGAUAUCCAGGGCUGUGCGGAUAUUGUUCACAAACAUAAGGAUGUUAUCUUGGCGGUUGAUAACACUUUCAUGUCUGCGUAUUUCCAGGUAAGCAAAGCAUUUAUAUUGACCAGCCUUUGCACGUAGUUUGUACAUGGGAAAACACUUAUACAAGAGGCAUAAGAAUGUUAUGGAGACUCAGUGUAGGAGAAUAUAUUUGCCAUCAUAUUUUUUUUUAAUAAUUAAUCAUGUACUUCAGAUUUUUUUUUUUUUUUUUUUGUCUGGUAUAAAAAAUAAAAAAUUAGUUAGAAUUUUUAGAACGCCAGUAACACAAUGCACAGAGACUGCGGCUGGGAACGUCCGUUUACCAAAAACUUUGGAUAUGUUGUAUAAAAUGUAUAUACUUUUCCAAGUUUGAAAGAAUAGAAUCAUUUUUAGGAUUGUUUUCUAGUGAAUACUCCUAAAGUUAUUCGUUAUUAUUCUUCCUUUUAGCGUCCCUUGUCCUUGGGGGCUGACAUUUGCAUGUACUCUGCAACCAAAUAUAUGAACGGUAAGAUGCAAGUCAACUACAAUUAUGCUGGGGAUUCCCCCUCUCCCCCCCCUUUUUCUGUAGAUAAAUUUAGCUCCAUAAACAUCCUCCCAAGCUGCAGUAUAUUAAAAAAUAUAUAUGUAUUUUUUUUAUAAUUAUUGCUAUACAUUGUUAUCACUUUGGUUUUUGGGAGUUGUAGCUUUGCUGUAGUUAUGGUCCUCAUAGUGGGUUAUUCACUGAAGUGCGUAGUAAAUUCAAGGUAAUAAAUAGCUGACCUAGAAAUAUUGUCUAAGUUCCAUAUGCUUUGAAGCCUCACUUUGGUAAAUAUCUCCGAUAGUGUGAGAUGUAACCUAUUCAGGCUGAUAUAUAUAUAUAUAUAUAUAUAUAUAUAUAUAUAUAUAUAUAUAUCUAUCUCUGCAAACCCCUAUAUCCAUUUUGCACCUUUUGAAUCCAGAAGAAUGGUCACUUUAUCUUAUUUGUUUUAAUUUUUUGUUUUAUAAUUUGUUGACAUAUAUGUUGCUGAGCUGCUCAAGAACCGCGCAAAACAAAUUUAAAAUCACCCCAAAUGCUCCGGAAUGUAGACUCUUCAAGCCUACAACUCCUUCUUUAAUUGUACUUCGUAAAACUUCCCAUAAAAGAAAAAAGUGUAUUAAACUAUGUAGUCUUGUGGAUACAAUCUAUUGACAGAAUUAGCCUCGUCUUAACCUCCUAUGUCAUGGAAUGCUUUUACAAAGUACAAAUAAAGCCGGAGUUUUAUCCUUGAAGAGUCUAUGCAUUUGGAUUUUGGAGUCCGCUUGGCACCUGUCGUGGUGCAAGUUUGUUUACCUCUGAUUACCUAUAUACUCCUGGGGUAUUGGAAAACGAUUAAAGCACCAAACCUGUCAGGCAGGUGAGGCGAGAGAGAGAAUUUUACAAUGUGUUAUUUUGUCAAACAAAUAGAAUAGAAACGAGGUGUGGAGAGCCCUAUUCAUACAAGCUUAUAAUUUUUAUAAAUAUUCUGUAACCCAUUUUUAGAUGUGUUCUGUCAGUCAACACUGUUUUGUUUGUCCUUUUCUAAAUGGUAUAUUUUGUAAAGUGGAAAAAUAAUUAUUUUAAAUAUUUUUAGGUCACACUGAUGUCGUUAUGGGUUUAGUUUCUGUUAAUUGCGACAAGCUAUACGAACGACUGAAAUUCCUUCAAAAUGGUGAGCGAGCGUUGUUUUAAUAAAUUUGUUUUUUUGACUGUGCCCAUUUGACAGUGGCAUCUUCAAUACAAUCAGCAACCCUUGUUUCUGUUCCAGCACUAUUCUGUAUUGCAAAAAUGGGACAUGCAGCUUUCAACUUCUAAAAUAAAAACACUCACACAAAAAACACCUUCUUGCAUUUGUACCAUACCUACUAAAAUGUAACAAUAGUAUUGCUAUAUGUUUUAAAUGAGUAGCUCUGUAACCAAAUUGCAUUGUUUGUGCUCCAGGGCAUACUUCGAAAGUAGACACCAACGAGUGUGACCUUUUUUGGCCUUUUGUAAAUAAAUUACCUUUAACCAGAAUCUUAUAUUUUAUAGCCCUGGGAGCAAUUCCAUCCCCCUUUGACUGUUACCUCCUGAACCGUGGUCUGAAGACCUUGCAUCUAAGGAUGAAGCAGCAUUUCAAAAAUGCACUUGAAGCAGCAAGGUUUCUAGAAAAAGAUCCUCGUGUAGAGAAAGUAAUAUUUCCAGGUAUGUUAACGUCCACAAACCGGGCUAAAGAUAUGAAAACUUAAUUUCUACUAAACUCUUCCCUUAAAGAGCACUUCUAGCUCUGUAACUAUUAACUACAACUUAUUGUAGUGGUACAAAAAAAAUAUUUUUGGUUGCUGUCCCCGUUCUUUGUGUCACACCACUUUAGAACGGUUUGACAAAAACCUGGAUCUUUAGAUGGCCCAUGUAUUGUAGCAAUUUUGUUUUCUUCUAACUGAUUACUGAUGGCAAAUGACGGUCUCUGCUUCUCCCUCUCAGCCUCUGUCCUGCCGCUCUCUCUAUCAGCUUCCACUCUGCGUUGUGUUUUAAUUGCUAUAGUCAGGAAUCCUGAUACAAAGAAUCAGGGUAGAUACACGUCCUUGCCGUUGGAAUCACAGCAACUCUGCUCUUUUCCAGAUAGUUAUAUUUUGUUAAAAUAACACAGAAUAGAUGGUAGUACAAACCACCAGUAACAGCAGAGCAGGACAGGUCAAUGGCUGCCCUCCUCUGACCAGCUCUCUUUUCCAUGUACUGUUCCUCAUCUGACACUAAUGUUGCCCCUGGACAAUGUUUACCAAUGAUGACCUACUGAUGAGCAUACUGACCCUCUCAUGACAAUGCACACAACCUCUGCUGUUGCUCCUAUAUUGUAUAUGGGUUCAACCAGCUAGAUUAGUUUGAAUGACUGAAUUGGAUGUCCUAUAAUGGUCUGUAAUAAGACCGUACAGAUAAAACACACUAAACUCCUAGAUUAGUAUUGACUUGACUACAUAAUAUUCACAGCAUCUUCUUCUUCCAUUUACAUCCAUGUCCUAACACUAGAUGGCAUUCUUAUUCCAAAAUAGUAUAACACAGUGGUUCUUUAACCCCUUAAGGACCAAACUUCUGGAAUAAAAGGGAAUCAUGACAAGUCACACAUGUCAUGUGUCCUUAAGGCGUUAAAAGGACUAGUCACCGCAGUAUGUUUCACAACGCUGUAAUUUAGGCUUCAAUUGAAUAUUGUUGGAUAAACUUUUUAAAUGAUUUAUUAUGAAAAAUAUUAUAGUUUUGACAUUUUUAAUCUAUUGAUAUAUUGUUUAUAGAUGUUUUUUUUUUUUUUUAUAUAAGUUUUUUUUUUUAAAUUUAUUUUAAAAGCUUACCAAAAAACCUUACACCAUUUAGAAAAUGUAUCAAGCAAUGUUAAAUAAAGAUCAAAGUCAUUUUAAAGAGACAGAACAGUUUAAAAAAAUGUUUUAAAUAAAUAUAUAUAAUAUAUAUUAUAGUAGAUGCAAGACACUGUAAAGGCAUAGCUUGGCAUACUAUGUAAAUCAUUGUGACACCCAUGAUACCUUGCAUUUACCGUGCCUGUCCCAACCAGUGGGUAUGUGUUUGUAGUUGUCUACAUAUGUUGCACUUUUUUACAGGUACACUACACAUUAAUCUAUGCACACUUUAUUUAAACCAGACUGUCCUAUGAAUUUUUUUGCCUUUCUUUAGGGCCAUUGUAUGUGUUGUGUGGUUGUUUAAUUAUGUUAUUUUCUCGUUUUUAUAAUCUUAAGUAGAUGUAUACCCAGUGAGGCAUCAUUUUGACAUUUGCUGUUUUCUCUUAUACAGGGCUCCCAACACAUCCUCAGUAUGAGCUGACCAGGCGCCAAUGCACCGGAGUACCAGGGAUGAUUACAUUUUACAUAAAGGGAGACCUUGAGCAUGCCAAGAUAUUCCUCAAGACCCUAAAGGUAUAACAUUCUCUUUACUCUGCCUCCUACCUAACUCUCUUAGUGACACCAAUAUGGCCUGUUUCAAAUAACCUCCCAUUUAUGGCAGCUCUGGAUAAAAUUCAUAAAUUCUACUUGGGGAAAUAUGACGUGACUUUAAACAGCUAUAAACCUGCCACUGCAUCAGAGUUUAGAGUCAGUAGGAUCUAUUCUCUAAAAGUCAAAAUGUGCAAGGCCUUUUAUUCAAGUAGUUUAAACAAACUAUAUUGUGAACAUGAUAAUAUUUUAAAUUGACUCUAGUAAAGAGAUUUGGAAGUAGGAGUGUUUUUAUUUCCCCUGUAGAGGUGACAGCCAGUUUGAAAACCUAUUUAAAAAUGUUUUUAAACAAAUGAGCAAUCAGAGCAAUUACAGUGCUCAUUUACAGUAUCAAGUGUUUUAUUGAAGCAAAAAUUAAAUAUUAUUAUUAAAAUUGAUAUAUAUGUAUAUACUCUAAACUAUAUCUCUCUAUAUAGGUUAAGAAUUUAUAUACAUAUACAAAUUGUAUGGAGUUGUAUAGUAAGUUGACCAAUUGUAAUAAGACAAUGUAGACAUAACCCUUUUAGAAUGUAACUAGAUCUAUAUUUACAAGCAUCAUCUCACGAAAAGUUUUAUCUUAAUUUUCACAGCUUUUUGUGUUGGCUGAAAGCCUUGGAGGAUACGAAAGUUUGGCUGAACACCCGUAAGUAAUUAUAUGCUCUAUAAAAGAAAGCCAGAGAGGUGGUUCUGUGGUUAGUGCUUAAAGGACCACUAUAGUGCCAGGAAAACAAACUCGUUUUCCUGGCUCUAUAGGGUCUUUAGGUCCCUCUCCUGCCAGGCUCUAGGGGGAGGAAGGGGUUAAAUACUUGCUUUUCUCCAGCGCCGGGCUCCCUUGGCGCUGGGGGACUCUCCUCCCUCUUCCAACGUCAUCUUCUGAAUGCGCAUGCGUGGCAAGAGCCGCGCGCAUUCAAUCAGUCCAUAGGAAAGCAUUCUCAAUGCUUUCCUAUGGACGGCAGCGUCUUCUCACUGUGAAAAUCACAGUGAGAAGAGCCUCUAGCGGCUGUCAAUGAGACAGCCACUAAAGGCUGGAUUAACCCAUAUGUAAACAGAGCAGUUUCUCUGAAACUGCUAUGUUUACAGCUGCAGGGUUAACCCUAGAGGGACCUUGCACCCAGACCACUUCAUUGAGCUGAAGUGGUCUAGGUGCCUAUAGUGGUCCUUUAAUGUCUCUCUAUCUGUCCAUACCUGAUUGUUACAGUUUUAGGACCUGUCAGGGUCUAGAGUUACGUAUCCUUUGAUAGCUUUGUGAAAAUCAAAACUUUGUGAAAAUCAAAACUUUGAAGUUCUUUUAGAAAGUUUUUUUUAUUUUUAUUAUAUUAACAUUUAUGUAUGUUGAGGGUUUUUGCUUGUGUUGUGGAUGGUUUGUGAGGCUGUGUGUGAGAGAAAAUAUGGAUAUAUAUAGCAGGCUGUGUAUAGUGUUGUGUGAGCUCAUUGUCAGGUUGUGUGUGUGUGUGUGUGUGUGUGUGUGUGUAGGUUGCUUGUUGUGUUAUGUAUGUGUUUGCCUGUCUGUGGUACCAUGCAUGUGUGUGACUAUUCAUAGUAUUUGUGUGUGUAUUCAUAGUAUUUGUGUGUGAGAUCUGAUGAAGCCGACUAUAUCGGUGAAACGCGUCAUCACGUUGUGACGUAAUCACGUCAUUAUGCUCAACGGCCGCAAGCCCUGCCUCCCGGAAGUGUAGACUGAGAGAGACUGCAUUUGGCACUCAGUGUCCUGUAAAAUGCCGGCGCAGGACUAGAGGAGCCUAAAAGCUCAUUACUACACGGAGGAAACAUUACAAGAAGGGACUUUACAGCCUGGAAAGCUGUUUUUAUUCUGUGAAUACCAAUAAAGAUUUCUACUGUCACCACAGCUUCCAGUUUGCAUAUGUUGCACAAGAUGCCAUCUAAGUUUAGAGCAGGCUAAAUUGCUCUACCCUUGUGAGUGUUUUUUUUCUCCAUAUUCUAUACAUUUAUUUAUCAAACAUACUGUCCUAUGAUUGUGUAUUUCCCCCUUUUUUUGAGAUUUAAAUUGGAAUACUGAUAUACAAGAUCAAAGGUAUAUUCCAAAGUGGGAAAUAAACUAAGUAUUUUUGUGUGGUUUCAAAUUUCACUAUUUUUUCAGAAUAUUUGCACACAUUUUUAAGUGGGAUUUUGCACGUAUGCACUUGAUCACUUUCUGUGUUAUAUAAUAUUACACACAUUAUUCUCACUUUAUUUCAAUAUUUGGUGGUCUUAAAGGCACAGCGCACUUUAUGUAUUUAUUUUUAUAUGGUCACAUGUGAUUGAGUUUGUUCACUGUAUAUAGUGCUGCUUAUUAUAUAUUUAUCAUUAAUUGAACCAGCGCCAUAACAUUACUUGUGUGUAUGUGGGCUGCCUAAUGUGUGAAGUAUGUUUUGUGUGUAAAUGUGAUUUGCGGAAUGUCUGUUCUCUUGCAUGUGUAUGUGGGCUGGCUAUUGUGUGGACUGCCUGAGGUUUUGUGUGCAUGUGUUUUUCUUGUAGUAUUUGUUUGCGUGGUGGGGCUCUCUGUGGUGACCUCAUCUGCCUAACUUUAGUCUGUAAACUGCUUGGCAAUCUGAAUCAUUGAGAAGUACCGGAUUGUGAUUGAGUCCCCCGUGGUGUCUGCACCUGCUGGGUCUGGACUAAAUGCUCCCUUGUGCUCUAGGCCCUGGGGAAUUCUGAGCCAUCUAGGGAGAUCAAAGGAUCAUCCCAUCUUUACCAGUGGUGUAUUUAGGAUUUGUGCUGCCCUAGGCAGGACGGUGCUUGGGCCCCCUCUCCUGCCCUCUAAUUUAAAUUUUCCCCACCCCUUCCUGUCAAGGCCGCACUUUGACUGACAGACACUCACUCACUGACAGACGCAUACACUCAUUGACUGACACACACUCUCAUAUGCACUGACAAUGACAUAUAUACACACACACACACUAUUACUUGGACACUCACUGAGAUGCAUACACAUUUAUUGACAGACACACACUCUCCUAUACACUGACAAACAUUGACAUAAACACACACUAUGACUUGGACACUCACUGACAGACUAACACACUCACUGAGAUGCAUACACAUUUAUUGACAGACACACUCUCCUAUACACUGACAAACAUUGACAUAAACACACACUAUGACUUGGACACUCACUGACAGAUGCACACACUGACUGACAGACGCACACUCUCAUAUACACUGACAAACAAUGACAGACACACUAUUACUUGGACACUCAUUGAUAGACGCACGCACUCACUGACUGACACACACAUUCACUCACAUAGACACAUACACACUUACAGACAUACACACACACACACACACACAUACACACACACAUUCACUUAUUCACUUACAGACAUAUACACAUUUCUCCCAACACUCACAAAUGAAUAAUUUCUUAAAUUUAAUUUUAAAUCCACCAAGCCUCCCUGGCAGAGCUGGAGUUGGAUUCCUUACCUGUCCUGUGUGGCUGCUGGUCUGGCAGGCAGGGGGGCUGACAGGUGGAGUUGGCGGCGAGGGAGCUUUAAUCUUCCUGCCCAGCUCCUUCGCGCGCCGCUUAGUGAUGCCGGGAGCCGGCUCCCGGCUUUGUUGAGCAGGAAGAGCUCAGGUGAGUAUGCUCUUUCGUGAGCUGCUGUCUGCCUCGGAAGGGCUCAAAGGUAGCCAGCCAGCUCUUGUGCCCCCCAGGAUACGAGGCAAGCAAGGGAUCUACCUGGGCGUUUGGGGGCGGCUUUGUGCCGCCCAAGGCAGAUGCCUUGUUUGCCUCGUGGAAGACACGUACCUGAUCUUGACCAUUUAAGUUGACAACCUUAUGUGCCAUGCAAACUCAUUUCAUAAACUAUGGAGUGCUUGAAAACUAGAUAAAGUUAAGGAAAUACAUCCUGGUUAAAUAGUUAAGAUGACGUUAGGUUAGCAUUCCACCACUGCUUUGAUGCUUCGAUCAGUGAGGAUCAGGGAGCAGUUCUGAGUCACCCUUUGAUGUGGAUCAGAAUAGGCAAAUGAUACAUUCCUUCAUGUACAAUACUUGCACAAGACACAUUUUUAUUGUCAGUUGAAGUUGUGCAAUCAUGUAUAUGUGCCAUUGUAUUCUACAUGACAGGUGUAUAGUCACCAUAUGGGCAGGGGGAGGGAUAUAUGACUUGAACCCAACCCACCCAAUAAGACACUGACACUCAGGGUUAUGGGUCAAAUUGUCAACAGCUUUAAUGGUGAUAAAGAUAACUAUAUAUAGAUAUAUAUAUCUAUCUAUCUAUCUAUAUCAUUACCUGCCACCCCCCAAUCUCGUAUCAUAUUUCCCAUAUUUAUAUCAAGGUAAUGACCCACCACAUAAUACAUUUCCAAUAUAUAACAAUCAUAUAACAUAACAUGUAACACACCAACAUUGAUCAAUGUCACCUGGUAGGGGUAUACCCAGAUACCCCUAAACCACAGAGGUUCUGAGCCACCAACGGACUGGAAUCCUACCAAAACAUGUACAAACAGUGUACCCUUUUAACCAGAACUGCUAUUCUGUUAUGUCCUUUUAAAGAGCUUGAGGGACUCUGCUGAUGUAAGUGGUUUCCCCAAUAAUUCCGUUAGAGAAUAUGCCAUAACAUCAAACUGACACAAUAGCAAAAGCAUGACCACUUAUUUUUUUAAAUUCAUUAUAUAGAUAUUAAUUUAACAAUAUGAAAAAUGUAAUACCCCUCAACCCCCCAUAAGGAUGAAGUGAAAACUGUCUUAUAGUCAUAACAAUGUUACCCCCCUCCUCCAUCACUGCUAUUAAAAUAUGUAAGCUGCAGUCAGAGUGGGUACAGGGUUUUAGACUUUUCUAUGCAAUGAUGUACAGUUGUUAUGGUGCUUAGUGCGACACUGUGAAAGAGAAUAAAUUGUUUCUUUUCCCCCUUUUAUGCAUUGUAUAUACAGAUGUAUAAGCCUAUUUGCAGAUAGCCAAACUUGAUUAAUGAAUCAACAGCUGUUAGUUUUAAGGGGAUCCUUGUUUGUUCCAUUUAAAUAUGGUUAUGGUUGUGGUUGUUUUUUGUUUUCUCCUGUAUUGUACUAGUCAGACGGCUACCAACUUAUAUUCAGAUCAAACCCUUUCCUUUUGUGAAAAUACUGUUUUGAUGGUUGCCUCCAGCGAUCCAUGACUAAAUCUAAAAAGCUGACCUUUGCUUUGCGUGGGUAUGUGUGAACCUAGUACACACAGUUAUUAAACCUCACGGAGUGCGGAGUUAUUCGUUUGUCCGCUAUUUCUGUUAAAAAAAUAAAUAAUAAAUAAAUAAAAAUAAUCUUUCCAUCUGACCUGUGUUUUCUACUCCUGCACAGAGCAAUUAUGACUCACGCUUCUGUACCAGAGGAUAUGAGAGCCACCUUAAACAUUAGCGACACUCUGAUCCGCCUCUCGAUAGGGUUGGAAGACAUUGAAGAUAUUAUUGAUGAUCUAGACCAGGCUCUGAGGGCCGCGGUAAGUAACUCUGAGGUUCGCGUCAGCUUUGCCAUUAAACUGAAAACUGAUCUGCAAUUAUUUUUAGACACCCAUUACGAUUUGUGUUUUUCUAUUCUAGAACAGGUUUUAUCAAAUAUAUAUAUAUAUAUAUAUAUUUAUUUAUCUUUUCUCCUAUUAAUCUUGGAGUGCAGUAUUUUCUGCUGUGGGCCUUGGUCCCUGUGACUUAUUAGUUCUGUGUUAAGGGGUUUAUUGUCACUGAAUUAAGAACUGAGAAAGGGGAUUGUACAAAACCUUAGCUAAGUAUGUGAGCUGGAAAAAUACUCAAGUUAAAGAUUAUAGGAAAUGUACUUUAGGCUUUCAAAAUAUCGGCACAACAAAUUAUCACCUACUAACUGCCAGCAGCCUUUCCCCUCAUAUUUAAAGCAUCACUGUCAUGCCAAACUUACCUUUCCCCAAUCGCUUUCUCUCCCUCUCUCAGGAUCUGUUCUUCUUUUCUUCCUAUCUGAUCUAGUUUUCUUUAAAACAUAAGUAAUGACUACUUUGUCCUUUUUUUUUGUUUUGUUUUGUUUUUCUACCCUUUACCAACUUUUACCUACUUCCUGUGGGUGAAAGACAUUUUCCCACAAUACUCACCCUUUCCUCCGUGAUCUCGCAAUGCUUCCUUUCAGUAUUUCUGAAUGUCCUGUCAUAUAGACUUCGAAUUAGACAUAUAGAAUUUCGUCUGAACAGAAUGAGCAUAGUUUGUUCAUUCGUGUUAGGACGACAUUCGUUACUUUUUUAGUUCGGUAUGAAAUUUCAUUCAAAUGAAUGAACGAAUAGGAGAAAUUCAUGUACGAAUUUCUGACAAUAGCGAAUGCCCAAGUGUUUAACUGGGUAUGCGUGGGUAUUUCAGAGCGCUAUCUAGUGUGGGCAGAUGACGUGUCCCACAUGGCCUUCAUCUUCCCUCACAAAGAUGCCGGAGCCUCGGUCCGGGCACAAAAUAAAGUUGGGGGAAAAAAGUAAUAUGGGGAGGGGGGUCUAGGGGCAUUUGGGGGUCGCUAUGGGGGCAAUUAGAUGUAGUGGAGUCAGGAGGGGGGUUAAAACGGAUGCGGCCAUGACGUGCCGUUUUUAAUACAUUUUUCUCUUGAUUCCUUGGGGAAAGUAUACAAAAGUGGUAUAGUCGUCAUAGAAACCAAUAGAAUGUUCGUGAUGAUGGUUGCUUGAAAUUUAGUACUUUCCCCAGAAUUCUCCAUAUGUAUCCCCUGUUGUGUCACUUUAGCUAGAUCCAGGUCACUAAUCUUGGCUCAGGGCUAGGCAGAACCAGAAUCAUGUUAAAUUGCAAUCCAUAUAAAUAUGUCUUGGAGAAUAUCAGAGCAUCUAACUUUGAGCCUUUAAUACAAGCCCCAGUGUUUUGAUGGCAUUAUUAAAUUUGUAACUUUGUUCUCUAAAACUUUUUGUAAGAGAUGAACUUAUUUAAUAUGGUUUAUCUUUGCAGCAUCCAGAUAUUACAAAUCGCAACUAAAUAUCCAGGAUUUGAUGGCAUCAAUGAAGAAUUUCUGUUAAAUGCAAAGCAAUGAAUCAUGCAUUAAUCAAUCAAUGGGUUGCAAUUUUGUACAUUUCCCAAAAGCAGACUAUUUACAACCCACUCCAUCUUUCUCCAGAAAUCAAUGACAGAAAUUAAUUUCCUGUUAUUGCAUGGGUAGUUUUGGUAGUUCAGCGGUUAUUCACUGUAAUUGGGAGGGUUGGACGUUAUUCGGUAUGAAUAAGUCCUUAAAGGAUCACUAUAGGCACCCAGACCACUUCAGCUUAAUUAAGUGGUCUGGGUGCCAGGUCCAGAUAGGAUUAACCCAUUUUUUAACUGCUAUGUUUAUUCUGAGGGUUAAUCCAGCCUCUAAAGCCUCUAGUGGCUGUCUCAUUGACAGCCGCUAGAGGCGCUUGCUUGCUUCUCACUGUGAAAAUCACAGUGAGAAGAUGCCAGCGUCCAUAGGAAAGCAUUAUGAAUGCUUUCCAAUGAGACUGGCUGAAUGUGUGCGCGGCUCCUGCCGCGCAUGCGCAUUCAGCCGAUGACGUCGCUAGGAGGAAGAGGAGGAGGAGGAGGAGGAGGAGGAGGAAAGCUCCCCACCCGGCGCUGGAGAAAGGUAAGUGUUUAACCCCUUCCUCUCCCCAGAGCCCGGCGGGAGGGGGACCCUGAGGGUGGGGGCACCCUCAGGGCACUAUAGUGCCAGGAAAACGAGUAUGUUUUCCUGGCACUAUAGUGGUCCUUUAAGGCAUCAACACAAGGUUUAGGUUAAAUUUUGGCACACAAAUAUCCACUGUAUAUCUCUGUCAUUAUUAUUUGACAUGACAUGUACCCCCUUUGCCCCCUUUUUUUUUUUUUUUUAAACUAUGAGGUCAAGUUUAAUCAUCAAUGACCAAUAGGGAGGAUAUUUGCCCUUACAGUCUACAGAAUAUCGAACACAGUAAAGGUUCAGACAGAUGUCUGUUUGUUCUCUUCCCUACAAAAUUAGUUUAUUUUUUUAUUUUUUUCUAUACAAUGGAAAAUGCAUAUGAUGCAAUGAUUUAUACAUAUUCCUCUGCUCCAUUACCUGAAUGAUUGCGUCCCCACAUUAAAAUUAAAAAGUGCUGCAGAAUAUCUUGGUGCUAUUCAAAUGCCAAAAUAUAAUUGUUAUCAAGGAUAUUUGUGAACAGUUCUUGGCUUCAGUUCAUUGAGACUUGACAGAGGAACCACCGACUGCAGUAUUCCCCCUCUGUGAUCGCUACUAACAUCAGAAACAAAUUAUUUGGCCACUAAACGUAUACUUCAUGUCCAGUUUUGAAUUGUUUUUGUCCUAGUGCUUUUUACUGCGCAUGUUUUAGCUGGUAAUUUAAAUGUUGAAGAUAUCAUGGAAGGUUCACUGUAAUAUUUCAGGGGAGGUAUGCCAGGUUCAUAGAAAUCGUAGUACAGCGCACAGAACCUAAUGCUUGUUUUCUCAACCAGUGGUAUGCCUACCCUAGUGGGUACGCCAAGAAGUGACUGGCGGGGGGAGAAUGGAGGCAGCAAGGGUGCUGUACUCUUCAUUCUUUUAGCACCCAGUAGUGAUGCCAGGAGCUCUGUUAUAACGUCACUCAGGCGUUGACAUCACUAAUCCGCACGCGAGGGUGCAGCGCUUGAAGAGCACAGAGAUUACACAAGACCCACACAGGACCCCAGGGAAAGCAUCCAUUCCAGCUCUCUCAAAGGUAGAAAGGCUGGGUGGACUUUUAUAGUAAUAAAAAUAUUAAUAAUAAUAAAAAAAAAAAUGUUUGUGUCAAAUCAGUGUGUGUAUGUCAGUGUCUACUGUGUGUAACUAUUAGGUGUGUAUUUUCAGUUUCUGAGUUUUAUACUUCAUACUAACAGUUCAUACACUCCUCCUUACAUACACAAUAUUCACAUUAUGUCCUAAUUCUCUUAAAAAUAUACUUUACUACCUUUUUAAUCAGGCUUGUUCUCCAUCAUGGGAUUAACUUAAAGGAACACCAUAGUCACCUAAAUUACUUUAGCUAAAAAAGUAGUUUUAGUGUAUAGAUCAUUCCCCUGCAAUUUCACUGCUCAAUUCACUGUCAUUUAGGAGUUAAAUCACUUUGUUUCUGUUUAUGCAGCCCUAGCCACACCUCCCCUGGCUAUGACUGACAGAGCCUGCAUGAAAAAAAAACAAAACAAACUGGUUUCACUUUCAAACAGAUGUAAUUUACCUUAAAUAAUUAUAUCUCAAUCUCUAAAUUGAACUUUAAUCACAUACAGGAGGCUCUUGCAGGGUCUAGCAAGCUAUUAACAUAGCAGGGGAUAAGAAAAUCUUAAUUAAACAGAACUUGCAAUAAAGAAAACCUAAAUAGGGCUCUCUUUACAGGAAGUGUUUAUGGAAGGCUGUGUAAGUCACAUGCAGGGAGGUGUGACUAGGGUUACAUAGUUACAUAGCUGAAAAGAGACUUGCGUCCAUCAAGUUCAGCCUACCUCACAUUUGUUUUUUGCUGUUGAUCCAAAAGAAGGCAAAAAAAACCCAGUUUGAAGCACAAUUUUGUAACAAGCUAGGAAAAAAAUUCCUUCUUGACCCCAGAAUGGCAGUCAGAUUUAUCCUUGGAUCAAGCAGUUAUUACCCUACAUUGAAAGAUUAUAUCCUUGAAUAUUCUGUUCUUGCAAGUAUGCACCUAGUAGCCGUUUGAACAUCUGUAUGGACUCUGAUAAAACCACUUCUUCAGGCAGAGAAUUCCACAUCCUGAUUGUUCUUACAGUAAAAAAAACCUUUCCUUUGCCUUAGACGAAAUCUUCUUUCUUCCAGUCUAAACGCAUGGCCUCGUGUCCUAUGUAAAGUCCGGUUUGUGAAUAGAUUUCCACAUAAUGGUUUGUAUUGGCCCCGAAUAUAUUUGUAUAAUGUUAUCAUAUCCCCUCUCAGGCGACGUUUUUCUAAACUAAAUAGGUUUAAAUUUGUUAACCUUUCUUCAUAGCCGAUAUGUUCCAUUCCUUUUAUUAAUUUUGUAGCCCGCCUCUGCACUUUUUCUAGUGCCAUAAUAUCCUUCUUUAGAACAGGUGCCCAAAAUUGCACAGCAUAUUCAAUAUGGGGUCUUACCAGUGAUUUAUAAAGAAGCAAAAUUAUAUUCUUGUCCCGAGAAUGAAUGCCCUUUUUCAUGCAUGACAAUACCUUACUGGCCUUGGCCACUACUGAUUGACAUUGCACAUUGUUGCAUAGUUUGUUGUCUAUAACAAUUCCCAAGUCCUUUUCAUAUGUUGUUAUCCCUAAUUCGCUUCCAUUAAGGGUAUACGUUGCUUGUGUAUUCUUUACGCCGAAGUGCAUAAAUUUGCAUUUUUCAACAUUAAAUUUAAUCUGCCAUUUGAGUGCCCAGUCCCCCAGUCUAUCUAAAUCCCUCUGCAGCAAAGUAAUAUCUUGCUCACAUUGUAUUGUUUUACAAAGUUUGGUGUCAUCUGCAAACACUGAAACAUGACUUUCAAUGCGGUCUUCAAGAUCAUUUAUAAACAUGUUAAAUAGAAGGGGGCCCAGAACAGACCCCUGAGGGACACCACUUGCCACCUCUGUCCAGCUUGAAAAUUUACCAUUAAUGACAACUCUUUGUACUCUGUUUUAAGCCAAUGUUCUACCCAAGAACAAGCAUUUUCAUCUAGACCGAUUUCCUUGAGUUUGAACACUAAUCUAUUGUGUGGAACUGUAUCAAAUGCCUUGGCAAAAUCCAAAUAGAUCACAUCCACGGCAACACCCUGAUCUAUACUUCUACUUACUUCUUCGUAGAACGCAAUCAAGUUGGUUUGACAUGACCUGUGCUUCAUAAAACCAUGCUGAUUUUUGCUGAUAACCAUGUUCUUCUCAAGGAAUUCUUGAAUAUUAUCCCUUAAUAACCUUUCAAAUAUUUUACCAGCCACAGAAGUUAAGCUCACAGGUCUAUAAUUUCCAGGCAAGGAUUUUGAACCCUUUUUGAAUAUAGGAACCACAUCUGCCUUCCUCCAAUCCUCCGGAACACUUCCUGAAAGAAAAGAAUCUUGAAUGAUUAAAAACAGAGGUUCACUUAUUUCUGCACUUAGUUCCUUAAGUACACAUGGAUGGAUACCGUCAGGCCCUGGAGCUUUGUUUAUAUUAACUUUCUUUAGUUGCUGCAGCACCUUGUCUUGAGUUAACCAAUUACAAUUAUUCUGCAAGUUUUUAGUAGCAAUCAUUUGCACAUCUAUUGCCAUGGGUUCUUCCUUAAUAUAUACGGAGUAGAAAUAGUUAUUUAAAAUUCCUGCCUUUUCCUGGUCUUCAUUAAUUAACACCCCCGUUUCAGUUUUUAGUGUACCUACACUUUCAUUUUUUUUUUAGAAUUUAUGUACUUACAAAAAUGCUUUAUGGUUCAUAAACAAAGGGAUUUAACUCCUAAAUGGCAGAGAAUUGAGCAGUGAGGCUGCAGGGGCAUGUUCUAUACACCAAAACUGCUUCAUUAAGCUAAAGUUGUUCAGGUGACUAUAGUGUCCCUUUAAAUAUCCGUGUCUCCACACUUCGUUUGGAAUUUACAUCAAUAGAAAUUACUGGGUACUUAGUUAUUUUAUUUAUUUUUUGACCUGUAGGAGUACUUCUCUGUAAAAGGUUGAGAAACACUGAUCUAGAGGACCAAAAUUUUAGAUUGUACUUUUUAAAGUGGUAAUACCGAAGCACAGAAUUUUUUUUUUCUUACAUGCGACUUGCAGUUUUAAGAUCUGAGUCACAGACUUCACUGUUGGAAAUGUAACAUGUGUAACUAACCCAUGUGCUUAAAGAAACACUCCAAGCACCAUAACCACUACAGACAGCUGUAGUGGUUAUAGUUCCAGGAUUAUCCUGGUGUCCCCGACUGUAAGAAGUCAAAACGUUUUUACAAUGCUGUUAUUAAACACUUUUGCUUUGUCUUCUCUGUCAUUUAAAAAUAUACAUUUUGAAAUGGAAAGCUAGUCUGCGAAUACUCAUAUUGAGUGAUAUCAAACGAUAGAGGUGACUGACAUAUGCUGACCUGUUUAGGCCAUAAUUUUCUAAAACAUCAAUACCAAAUCCCAACACUUUCUAGCAUGCUGGCAUGCUGGUGGAGGUCAACAGCGAAAGGAGACCUGCUACAUAUUUGGUGGAGAUGCUCUAGGGACCACCCUUUUUGGAAUUAAUGGUAUGGCGUUAUGUAAAAGCUCAGUGAUACACCGUUGGACUGGCCUAUGAUCCUGCAGAGAUGCUAUUACACCAUACCAAAAGACAUUUUGGGUGGAACCAAAAAAAAAAAUCUAUUUUGCUUAGAUUGUUAAAUGCAGCUUAAUCAUAUAAUUACUCAGGCUGGAAAGACAGACUCUGUCCCUUCUCUAGCUGCUUUGGUCUGGGCAGUGGACAAGGUAAGGGUAAUAAAGAGUUUGCGAUCCCUCAAGAUUCUAACAGAAGUAGAUAGUUUCACUGGCUGGAGUUCCUCUUAUCGGGGGUCCAUUACAUUCAACACAAUAUACUGGAAACUUGUAACAAAGCACAAUAAGGUAGGUGCACUAACACCAAAUGCUGUCACUGGAUGAUAGAUAGUAUCCAAGGGUUCAUACGGCAAGACCUUGAGUAUUUAUUGGCUUUUCUGCUGAUGUCCCCUACCUCAGGCAGUGGGUGGUAAGGCACUCCAUUGCUGUUCCUCUUUCCUACUCUCUUCUUGUUUUAUUUCAUUCUUUCUCACAGUUUACAUAUAUUCUCGGACAAAAAAGGUUUUUAUUAUUUUGCAAAAACAUGAAAGUAAAGAGGGAGCAAUAGCCCAUGACAAUUAUGGGAGUUUUUGAUUGGGUUUCUUUUGACACCCUCAAGGAACACUCCAAAUAAUUAAUAAAUCAAUAAUAUAGUGGUGGUAGGAUUCCAGCACGUUUAGUGGACUGUUAAAGGCAGCUCAAACAACCCAAACCAAAGUCUCUCUAUUCUGGUUCAACAGAAGUUGAAUGUGAUAACAUGAGGGAGUCGAUCAGGGGUCCUCAAACUGUGGCCCUCCAGGUGUUGCUGAACUACAACUCCCAUGAUUCUCUGGCUAUCUAUGUAAUUCAAAGAAUCAUGGGAGUUGUAGUUCAGCAACAUCUGGAGGGCCACAGUUUGAGGACCCCUGGAGUAGAUCCUUAAGGAGUUCUCAGGUGUUGAUAAAUAUGUAACAAACAGUACAACGGCUAAAGUGAAGUAUGUCUGAUGUAAAUAUGUAGAAUAAAAGAAGAAAUAAACUUACAGUGUAUUGUUAUCUUUUUUUUCACCCACUUAUCCACCCCCUCCGCAUGCCAUGCAUGUACUGACAAUUUAUAAUCUGUAGUCUAUAUUGUGUGAUGGUGACUAUUGGCAUAAGUUUGCUAUACUUUACUAAGAAUAUAUUGCAUCUGCGUAUGUUCGAAUAACUGAUUUCAUUCAUGAAUAUUUGCUGACUUCUGUACUGAUCCUAUAUUGUUUGUUUGUUUUUUACAGUAAAACACUAUUGACAAUAAAUAUAUACAUUUAAAAAUAGAGGAGGAAUAAUAGAAAUAGAAGUCAAUAAUAUGCAACCUAAUAUAUAAUAUUUGUAAUAGUUUGCCUUGUAUUAUAAAGCAUUACAGAAUAUGUUGAUCUCUAUAAAUGCCAAUAAUAAUAGUAAUAAUAAUAAUAAAAAUACUCCAACUUGUGAACAUUAGGAGUUUCAACAAAAUGGUUCAAUUGUCAGCGUUGUACUGUAGAUUGCUGGGAGAGAGGGCCAGAAAGGAAUAUGUUUAUGGAGAUAUAAGAUAUCUUUUAAAAAGACAAAUAAGUUUAACAAACAUAGCUAAUGCACAUUGCACCAAUUGUGUGGGUACAUUGAGUGUCUCUUUGCUUGUUAGCCUUAACUAUAUCGGCUGGAAGACCAUUUCAUGUAUUUACCUCUGCUACUCCGAUGUUCUUAUAUCGCUCAUCUGUCCUUCACCACGAAACUUAAAACCAUGCUUUUUCUGCAAGAAAUGGAAUGUAGUUGUGUUACAUUUGAUAAAUGAAUACUCUUUCCUUGUAGGAAGGCAGGGAAUAGGAGUACAGUACAUGGCUUCUUCUCAUGUUGAAAAAGCAGCCUGUAACGCCAUCUAUCAGAGCCGCCAUCAAGGGAUUACAGGGGAUGGACUACUAGGGUAUCCAGUCCCCAUAGGGCAGGCAUAGGCAACCUUUGACACUCCAGAUGUUUUGGACUACACCUCCCAUGAUGCUUUGCCAGCAUUAUGGGUGUAAGAGCAUUAUGGGGGAUGUAGUCCACAACAUCUGGAGUGCUGAAGGUUGCCUAUCCUGGCCAUAGGGCAAUUAUCUUAAUAUAUAUCUAUCUAUACAGCCGUGGGAAGGAAGCUAUUGCAUGCAUUCGCUUCUAGAAAGGGAGUACGGAAGCUUUCUAUCUCCACCUCCGCUGGGUCUUCCUUCUCUAUGAUGAGCCCCUGCUGUUGGAGCUUUGCCAGGGGUUAUCGUGUUCUGAAACCUUAAAAAAAAAAAAAUCACUAUAGGGUGGGCUAAAGGGUGCAUAAACUUUAACUCAUGGCCAUUUUCAGUUUUAUUUUUUCUAUCAGUGAAAUUCAGUAAAUAUUAACUCUGCUUUAUAAAUUGCAGAAUUGUGUUGAGUUUUCAUUUGUUCUGCAGAGGUCGUGUUAACUUCUUUUCACUUAGAAAAUAAAAGAAAUAUGUAAUCUGGUCAGCUGUGUCAAACUUUCCCAAAUAUUUGUAUUCAUAAUGAGGCAAAGGGAUCAUUUGAGGGAAUUAGAACCUUUUUUUAUGCUGACAAUACCAUACUGGCCUUAGCAGCUGCUGACAUUGCACGCUGCUGUUUAUUCUGUUGCCUAUAACGAUUCCCAAGUCCUUAUCGUGUUUCUAACUCAGUACCAUUUGGGGUGUGAAUUGUUUGUGUGUUGAUUGUCCCAAAACGCAAAAACAUUGCAUUCAUCAAGAUUAAAUGCCAUCUGCCACUGUAGUGCCAAAACCUGUACUUGAAUUACAUUUCUCUUAAACAAAUCCCUUUUUAGAUCAAAGGGUUUAUUCACUAAAAAGCGAAUCGCAGUGAUAUUACGAGUGACAUUAAAAAUGUUACGUCAGACAAUCUCUAAAAUGAUUUAAACAGCCAAGUGAAAUAGACAACUUAAAAUUACAUUUCAUUAAUAAAUGACAGUUACGCAAAUUGUGAAAAAACUAGUACGUAAAAGCUAUAAAUAUAUAACUUAUUGUUGUUGUAAUUUAUUAAUAUAUAGAGUUGGUGGUGAGAGCACUCUAAUUAAUAUUGCACAUUACCCUUAUAUAUGCACACGUUGAAUACUGGUAAACAAUAUUUAGGCCAAUCCGUAAUUCACAAUUUGAUCAAUGGAAUAUGAGCCCUUUAAACCAAUCUUGUAAAAUUAACACAGGGAGAGCCACAACAUAGGGUAAUAACGUAGGGAUUGCUGUGUAACUUAACAUUUUCAAAGGUUACACUCACAUGGUCAUGAGCCAUUUAAUAAAAGCUGGCUCAGACUAGAAUCAAAUCAGGUGAAGGCACGUGGAUGUCAGGUUCCAAGCUGUCUUCCUUCUGUGCUCAUUCCAGUUGCUUGUUGCUUAAUAAUAUUCCAGGAUGCAGAAUAUCAUGCAAACAAUUUUAUUGACACACUAAAAGGUAGCUAAUAAAAAUAAGUAUAAUAAAAUAUAAACCUCUGUAAAGUCCAGUUGUGCUAUAGAUUGAACUUGACGCGUUUCGGCGAUGCCUUUAUCAAAAGUUCCUCCUUCACCUUUUCUUCUAACUGUUUAAAUAUCCCAGGUAUUGGCGCCUUUUACCGUUACGUCAUGACAUCAUGACGCUCACGCUCCCACUUCCGGCACCGUAAUUGAAUCAUUCUUUCCAGUGUUUACUUUGGCGGCUUCCAUCUCUGUUCUAUGACAUCAUGGCGCUAUCUCCGUCCAAGCAUCAUGACGUACAUUCUGAGGGGACGGAUCUCCCUGUAAUCGCAUAACAACUGCCCUUAAAAAAUAAUUGUACGGAAAAUAAAGAGUUUGUACAACAGGCAGAAAGGCUAAAAGAACAAUUUAGAGAAAAAGGGUAUAAGGACGCUCCCUUGGAAGAAGUUUUUAAUGAAAGAAAAAAUUGAUAGAAAACAACUUAUGCAGUAUAAGAAUAAAAAUCUAAAUCAAAAUGAAGGAGAAAAAGUACCACUCAUUUUUAAUUUUUGUACGAAUAACCAGGAUUUGAGAAAAAUUGGCAAUAGAAAUUGGCACAUCUUAAAAACGGAUGACAAACUAACAGAUUUUAUUGAAUACUGACCAAGAAUUAUAUUUAGGGGUGCGAAAAACCUAAAGCAAGUAUUAACUAAGAGCUUCUUAGAAAUUGAUAAGGAAAAUAAUUUUUUGAAACAACCGGGGGUUCUAUUAUUGUGGAGAAUGUAAAGGAUGUAAAAUGAGAAAAGAAAAACAUAAAAAGGUUUUAAAAUUUAUAUCGAAUACCACCAAAAAAGAGCAUGAAAUUAAUUAUUUUAUCUCCUGUAAUAGUAAGAAUGUUGUAUAUAUGUUAACAUGCCCUUGGGGGUGACAAUAUAUAGGAAGGACCUCACGUUGCCUCAAAAUUAGAAUCAGAGAGCAUAUUUAUAAUAUUAAUCGUAAUUUUGUUAAUCACAGUGUUUCUAAACAUUUUAUGGAAUGCCAUAAUAGUGAUCCAAAAAAUUUAGAAUUUGUGGGCAUAGAGAGAAUAAAAGUACAUUGGAGAGGAGGGGAUAAAGAAAAUUUACUUAAUAGAACCGAAAUGAAGUGGAUUUUCAACAUGGAUACCUUAAUACCACAAGGUCUAAAUGUUGAUUUCGAAAUUACCCCUUAUAUAUAAUUUUUAUCUCCAUUAGAAUUUUUAUUAUAUUUAUAUAUUUUUUUUCUCUCUAUAUAUUGAUUUUAUAAAGUCUUAAUUAUUAUAUAUAUUUUUUUAAUUAUAUUAAUAUAUUUUUUUAAAUCAUAUUUUUAGAAUCUGUACGUGUCUCUAUUAUGGACAAUUAGUCCAUUUUAAGGGUUGAUUUUAAACUCCAUUUCAUUUCAUUUUUUAAUUGGAUUAAACAGUCUUUUAUUUAAAAAAAAAAUAAAAAAAUUUAAUAUAUGUUUUUUCUCUCUUUUUUUCUCCAUUAAUGUUAACUUUCUUUUUAAGAUUAAUGAUGAAUAUACAGUUAAUAUGUAUUAAUUGUGUUAAGGGAUAGGGUUUGCCCAUUUUGGAUGUUUGAAGAGACAUAUUUUUUAAGGGCAGUUGUUAUGCGAUUAGAGGGAGAUCCGUCCCCUCAGAAUGUACGUCAUGAUGCUUGAAUGGAGAUAGCGCCAUGUCGUCAUAGAACAGAGACGGAAGCCACCAAAGUAAACACCAUAGAAGGAUGUAAUUACGGUGCCGGAAGUGUGAGCGUAGGCGUCAUGAUGUCAUGACGUAACGGUAAAAGGCGCCAAUACCUGGGAUAUUUAAACAGUUAGAAGAAAAGGUGAAGGAGGAACGUUUGAUAAAGGCAUCGCCGAAACGCGUCAAGUUCAAUCUAUAGCACAAGUGGACUUUACAGAGGUGUAUAUUUUAUUAUACUUAUUUUUAUUAGCUACCUUUUAGUGUGUCAAUAAAAUUGUUUGCAUGAUAUUCUGCAUCCUGGAAUAUUCUUAAGCAACAAACAACUUGAAUGACCACAGAAGGGCGACAGCUUGGAACCUGACAUCCACGUGCUUUCACCUGAUUUGCUUCUAGUCUGAGCCAGCUUUUAUUAAGUGGCUCAUGACCAUGUGAGUGUAACUUUUUAAAAUGUUAAGUUACACAGCAAUCCCUACGUUAUUACCCUAUGUUGUGGCUCUCCCUGUGUUAAUUUUACAGGAUUGGUUUAACGGGCACAUAUGCCAUUGAUCAAAUUGUGAAUUACGGAUUGGCCUAAAUAUUGUUUACCAGUAUUCAACGUGUGCAAUAAGGGUAAUGUGCAAUAUUAAUUAGAGUGUUCUCACCAUCUACUCUUAAUUGUUUUAUUCACUCUUUAUGUGAUAAAGUGACACAUUAUUGAUUGUAGCACCUUGUUUCUAACCUUUUAACCUUAUCUUUCUUUCACCCUUACUAUUUAUUAAUAUAUGCCUCACAUUAUACUGGAAUAUCUAAAUUCCAUUAGUAUAAACAUUAAAGCGCAAUAAACAGCCAGCAUUGAUUCAUUUCAGACUCUCGUCAAAUUACUAUGCAUUUCCACAAUUAUUCUUCUCCUUCCAUGGAAUUAGAAUACAUACUUUCUCCUAUUAUCGUAAUGCUGAGAAAAGUGCUUGCCGCUGGGCUACUGAAUGUAUAAGACAUUUACGUAACUAGAGGUUGUGAAUUAUGUAGAUAAAAUCAUUCAUACAUACUGGGCAUUCUGAUAAAAAUAUGUCGAUACUGCUAUAAAAUGCAUAAGACAUAGAAAGUAUUUUACACUUUUGUAUAUAUAAGAUUAAUGACUCAAUUUAUUCCUAUUCUGGUUAUUAAUGAUUUGAUGAUGAAUAGCUGGACAAAGGCAUUGUAAUAUUAGAGAGGGGAUUAAAAUGAAUUUCCAAAUUUUAGACCAACUCAGUAAUUCACAUGCUGCCAUGUUCUUUUUAGAGAGAAUAGUCUUUUUCCUGGUAACCAAUCCAAAUAAACCAUACAUGUUCAGUCUUUUUCUAAUUGCACUGUCAAGAACUUUAACAUUUACCUUGUUAACUGAGACCUGUAGAGUCUGAAAUGUAACUCUUGGAUUUUAUGCAAUUUCCCUGCGCAUUGCAUUGUCUGACCAUGGGGUGAAUUUGCUGGCACGUCCUAUCAUGGGAAGAUUGACAACUGUCUUGAAUGUUUUCCACUUUUGAAUACUCCCCCCUUCACUGUAGAAUGUUAGACUUUAAAUUGUUUGGAAAUGACCUUAUAACCCUUCCCAGGUUGAUGGGCAAUAACUAUUGCUUCUUUAAGACCAUUGCUGAUCACCUGAAUGCUCCUGACCAGCAAACUGCUAAAACCUUGGCUUUUAUGGAGGUAGUCAUAGAUGCUGAUGAUUAAUGAAUGAAUGACAUUUUAUUAGCUGCACCUGUCUGCUACAUAGCCUCUUAAUUCCUAUGGAAACAGUAAGGGUGUACUUAGUUUUUCCAUGACUUUUCCAUGUUGGCUUUAUUUUUGUUAGAUACAAUGGGUCGCUCCUCCCAAUCCCUAAUUAGACAGGAAUCUUAUUAAAACAAAAGGUAUUAGCCAGCUCUAUUCUAACCUCCAUCCCCCAAUCUUGUUUCCAGCAAUAUCCCAGGGCAGGACAUUUGUCACCAAGACCUAUCACCAAGAAAAGAAAAUUACGGUAAGACUUUCAAAUUAUGGAUUCAAAGUAACGACAUGUAACGAAAGCAAAGUGAUGACAUACACACAAAUCAUAAGGACAUUGUACCUUAGGACUUAGUAGCCUGGAAAUAGCUUGACUAUACAUCUGCUGAUGGCUUAUAUAGAGGCUUGAAGACCUUUCCUGGUCCAUUAAGAAAAAAACAAAAUAUCAGAAAAACGACAGAUUGCAGAUCUAUAGAAAUAGAUCCUAAGACAUCGAUCUAGGACAAGAGGAGAAAAUUUCCUUUCUGAGUCUUCAUUUUAACUAAUAAACUUUAGAGCUGGACUAAAUCCAGGAACAGAUUUGAGGAUUAUUCUAUUUUGUGAAACAGUAGAGGGUUCUAUGCAAAAUAGUGCUUGAAGAUCUGAUAUCCUUCUGCUCGAUGCUAAUGUCACCGGUAGGGCUAACCUAAUAUUAAGCAACUGUGGAAAGAUAGAGUCUCAUGGUUAACAGGAUAAAGAUUUCAGAGCUCUUAAAAUCCAGGGAAAGAUCCCACGGGGAGCAAUGAUUAGCUGAGGGAUCAUAUAAAUACAGCUGACAUAUAUUUACAUACCUCCAUAUCAAAAUCUUUAGGAAUCUAGAGAUCAGAGAGUGCUGAGACAUGUACCUCUGAGGUGAUGUAGCUAAGUCCGAGAUGAAUCCCGGAUUGAGGAACUCUAGAACCUCCUUGGUAGAGGUAAUUUGAAUGAUCACUUACUUAAAAAUAGACCAGGAAGAAAGGCAUCCCAACUUUGUAAAAGUAAAGGGUAGAAGGGGAUAUAUGUAUAUAUCACUAAAGGGGUAUCUUCGGGGACACACCUUUGCUUGAAGAAGAAUCUGCAGCUUCCCAAGGAAGAGAGGCUGAACUCACAUGAGGCAGAAGGUAACAACCUAAAGUUAAGCCAAAAAGAAAAAUUCUCUAGUCUUAGAAUGACUAAGUCUGUCCUAGGCAUCUCAACUUUGUAAAGGUAAUCACUAAUGUAUUGGGUUGAAAGGGUGCAUAAACUUUUACUCAUGGACAUUUUCUGUUUUAUUUUUUUCCGUCAGUGAAAUUCAGCAAAUAAUAACUCUGCUUUAUGAAUUGCAGAAUUGUGUUGAGUUUGUAUUUGUUCUGCAGAGGUCGUCUUAACCUUUUCACUUAGAAAAUAAACAAAAUAAGUAAAGUUGUCAGUGGUGCCCAAACUUUCAUAUAUAUUUUAUUCAUAAUGAGGCAAACUCUUCCCAAACUGUCCCAUAUAUUUGUACACAUAUUGAGGUAAAAUUACCAUUUAUUUAUAAUGAGGCAAAAUUAUAUUUACAGUGAAUUGAAAUCCUUUUUAUACCGUACUGACAGUAGCAACCGCUGACAUUGCAUGUUGCUGUUUAUUUUCUUGACUAUAACUAUUCCCAAGUCCUUCUCAUGUAUUGUUUCUAACUCAGUACCAUUUGGGGUAUAAAUUACUUGUGUUGUGAUUGUCCCAAAAUGCAAAACAUUGCAUUUAUCCAGAUUAAUUGCCAUCUGCCACGAUAGUGCCAAACCUGUACUUGAAUCAAAUUCCUCUAAAACAAAUCCCUUUUUAGAUUAAAGGGUUUAUUCACUAACUAGUGUUUGCGUUGCUAUGACAAGUGGCAUUAAAAAUGUUAUGUCAGACAAUCUCUAAAAUGAUUUAAACAGCCAAGCGAAAUAGACAACUUAAAAUUACAUUUCAUUAAUAAAUGACAGUUACACAAAUUGCGAAAAACUAGUAAGUAAAACUAUGAAGAUCAAUUAAUAUAAUCCUUUUUUAGCGAUUUAUUAAUAUAUGCCUCACUGGAAUAUAUUGGAAUAUCUAAAUUCCAUUAGUAUAAACAUUAAAUCGCAAUAAACAGCCAGCAUUGAUUAAUUUCAGACUCUGGUCAAAUUACUAUGCAUUUCAACAAUUAUUCUUCUCUUUCCAGAGAAUUAGAAUACAUUAACAAAAUAUCAGCACAAACUAUCGUAAUGCUGAGUAAAGUACUUGCCGCUAGGCUACUAAUGUAUAAAAGAUUUACAUAAUUAGAGGUUGGGAGGUAUGUACUGUAAAAUCGUUCAUACAUACUGGGCAAUGUGGGCAUUAUGCAAAAAAUAUGUUGAUACUGCUAUAAAAUGCAUAAGACAUAGAAGGUAUUUUACACUUUUGUAUAUUAAGAUUAAUUACUUACUUUAUUCCUUUUCUGGUUCUCAAUUAUUUGAAAAUGAAUAGCUGGACAAAGGCAUUGUAAUAUUAGUGAGGGGCUUACAAUGAAUUUCCAAAUUUUAGACCAACACAGUAAUUCACUAAGUCCAAAUAUCCACAGUCCAUAUAAUCAUCAAAAAUAAUCUAUGGGCAUUUGGUCGCAAAAAUCUAGACAUUGAAAACCAAAACGCUAUAUGCUAUGUUUAUUAAUCUUCUAAAAUGAAAUAUAAUCUUUGUUUAUAGACUUUUUCUUUUGGACAUUCUUUAUUUUUUCGUAGUGCAUUGAAAGUCAGACAAGCAUUAGUGGACAUUACUACAUGAGUAGAUAUGGCUAAAAAGAUAUAUAACAAAAAUACAAUACAUAGUAAGCACUUCUUUUGAAGAUUUAAACAAGUGAAGUGAACAAGGGAAAAUCAUAAUGAAAGUAACUAGUUAGGUCAUGCAUUAGGUACUGUGGUAACGCUUAAGCGAAGCUAACUGGUCAGCAGUAGUCAGUACACACGAGUAAGUAAUAGUUAUAAGCAAUCUCAGGGUAAAUCGGGCAUCAUGUGACACUGUGCGUUGAUUGUCUGGCUAAGCGUUAUAGUAGUGUUGUAACUGUGCUUAAUUAAUAGUGUAUGUGGUGCCCCACGCUAGGUAAACAAGAUAAAAUAACCACUGUGUCCCCACAUGUACCGACUGUAGAGAACUGUGCUAGGUAAGCUCUAAUAAUCAUAGGCGUUGGUAAACUGUGCAAAAGACAGCCAUUUCAAUGGUAAGACAGGAUCUUGUCGGCAGGAUGUCUCAAUGACAUGCAUCGUGUUGUCAGUCCCAGACCCAGGUAGUCACACUCAGCCCACGCCGAGACUUGGAAACAGGUAAGUGCAGUGUUGAGGUAUUGCUGAGCAAGGGCAUUGUGUGGUUACCUUCCAGCCCCAGGCCUUGUUAUGGGCCUGCAUUAUGACACCACGGACUCGGGGGCUUGUGACAGAGUCCAAGUCCUUCCUUGAGGAGAUGUGACAGAGUCUCCUGGGUGUUUGGCGCCGCUUGUGGCGAGGGGUUGCCUGCCUUCGUGGUUUAUGCAGCGGGUGAUUUCCCCGGGUGGCCCUCGGCAUCGGUGGCCAUGCUUGUGAGUGGCUUGUUGGAUGCUUGCCCACAAAGGGGUUACAUGAGCCCUUUGCCCAUCUCCUCUUCGUGCUUCCUCCUCACCUUGAGCCGGUGCCAUCCUGGUCCGUGCUUCCAAUUGUGCCCAGAAGCGGUUAAAAAGCUUGUCCAAGCUUUGCUCCAAGCUGACUUGUGGGCCUGGUGCAGCUGGUGAUAGUCGUUGCUCGGCUGAGGGAGGCCUGUCCUCCAUAUUGAAUUGGAGUGUGGUGGUCUUAACCCAUGCAGUGUCUGCCAUCUGUGAGUGACAGAAGUGAGUGGGGACGUGCAGUGGGGACUGGGAUAACCCCCACCGGUUCAAAGGGGGGGAGGGGGAUAACAAUACACUAGGUAAUCUGUUUGUAUUAGAGCCAGGAGAGUACCUGUCUCUCCUAGGCCUAUUCUCGUCUAGGCCACAAGCCUCUGGUGUGUGGUCAAGGGUUAAAGUGGCCCUUGCAGGGUAUCUCUGGGUUCAGUAACCUCCUCCGGGCAAUAAGGGAAUUAGGGAAGCUCCGGUCUGCAGGAACAAGUUGUCAGGCAGUGAACCCCGAUUUUCGACACCAGAUUCGUGAGCUCAUGUUGAGCACGUCUGAUCUGCUCAACAGUAAGGCUCCGCCCCCUUUUUUUUUUCCUUUUUAAAUUAAAUCACACACAAAUAUGUACUAUUGCGCAGUGAUAGAAAUCUAUAUUUAUGUCUCCCUGGUCAGCUACAUGAUGAAAAAAAUAAGAAUUUACCAAUGACUCUAUGUGUCCUAAAAAAAUAUUUAGGAAUAACUGCAGUACUAUACAUACACAGUUGUGAAUGAACGACGGCAGCUUCAGAACUUUACUUAUUUUCUACCAGUAGGUGGGGCAGGUGGGCUGGGUAUUGUAGCACCAACUUAAUCUAAAGCAAAGAAUCUCUUUCAUAUCCGGAGGAAAGAACAUAGUGUAGCAUUAAUACAUUUAUGUGCAUAUAUAUUUAAAUUUCUAACAGUAAAGCUUACAAUUUGUAAUUGCUUUCUUUAAGUACGAGUGACCAUUUUAUCACACAACAAGCCCCUAGCUCGGAAAGGUAUAGGCACCAAUACCCUCAAUGUUCGAUUACCGAUGUAACGUUUAUAGGUGUCAGGUCCCCUUUAAGACUAUAUCACGUUAACCUAUUGAAUGCCAGAUGCAAAGCUAGUUAGUUUGCUGGGGAAUGUUAAUUUAUUUCUCUUGGCCCAUUUAGUACAAACUGAGGUUUUGUAUUGGAUUAAUACAGGUAGAGAAACAAUGACUACCUUUACCUAUCUUACCUGUUUGAUUGUGCAUUGUUGCAAUUUUUAUUUAGUAUGCAGCAGGUGUGACACUGACUUUAGUAACUAGCCUGUUGGUGGCAGCUGCCCAUAUAGCAUUGAGCUGCAUUUUAAAGAGAUUUCCACGUGGCCCUUGACUUUUCUCUCCCAGUAAAGUGUUAAUUUUAAUUACACAAUUUCCGAAAUAGCGCUGUUUAAAGAGCCUUGAAUUUCUUCACUAGUUACCUUCCCUCCUCCAUUAGAUGAUCACCCAGUCUCCACUCCUUCAAAAAAUCGUUAAAAACCCACUUCUUCAUAAAAGCGUAUCAAUUAAACUGUUAAUAGCUCCUGACUGAUUCCUCUUUUGCAACUGUCACUAGUCUAAUACUAUCCUUACCUUUUGUGUCAUUUUACCCCACUCCCUCUAGCAUUUAAGCUCAUUGAGCAGGGCCCUCAACCCCUCUGUUCCUGUGUGUCCAACUUGUCUGGUUACAACUACAUGUCUGUUCGUCCACCCAUUGUAAAGCCCUGCGGAAUUUGAUGGCACUAUAUAUAUAACAUAAUAAUAAUAAUAAUAAUAAUAAUAUUUAUAUACUCUUUAUUUUUUAGGAUGGAAGUGUAUUUUGUUUUGUCACUUCUCGAUGCAUUCAAUUCAAUAUGGUGAUAAUUGACCCAAUAUUUUUAUGCUACAAUAGUACUUAAAGGAUAAUAGAUCAGGGGAUUCAAUAGUUUUGUGAUAAUAGUCAUAUACACACUAUUAAUAUUGAAACCACUGACUAGAGUGCAGUUACUUGUAAUUUUUUAAUAUGUGAGCGUAGAUUUCUACUUAAAGGGCCAGUAACACACACAUAAAAAAACAAAUUAAAAAAACACUUUUAUAUCAAACAAAUAUGGUGUUCUAUAUUUUACUAGUGCCAAGGCUCUGAAUUUUAGAGAAAGCAGGCGGUUUUAGCUAGUGUGUGAAACAGAUACAAAUUAACUGACAUGUCAGAAAUAGGAAUUAUAUUCUGAUUGGCUUACUCUUGUUUCUAACCAGUAAGAAUGUAGCUAGAUAGCACAUCAUGGUCAGUAACAAGAAAACACACAGAUGAAACAUAAAAAAAAUAGCUGACAUAUAAAAACAGGUUUCCGGGAGAAAUAACAGUAUUAAGAAAGUUACUUUUCAAAUAUACAAUUUUAGAAAUGCAUUUGUAUUUUUCAAAUAAGCUCUUCCAUAUACGUUAUUGUACCAAUGUCUCAAUAAAACAGAUUUAUUGUGUUUCUAGUGGAAACGUGAAGUCUCUCUUCCUGCCAAUGUCAUACUAUAAUUCAAAAAACAGCUUGUAAAUUAGAGGCUUGCUCAGCCGCUGAAGAGACAAAUUAAUAAUAAAUACAUAAAAGGGAAAGAAGGCACAUUCAAAUGGUUACUUACAGAACUGUGAAUUUUAUUACAAGACAUGUCGUUUAUAUUUCUUUUUAUAUACCUUCCCCCGGGAACAUGGAAAAACCCUUAUAUUUGGUAAUUUUACAAAAUUUUGCUGAAGAAGGGUGGGAAUCUCUAAUGGGAGUAGUGUGGUGAAGGUUACCUCUUUAAAUCGAGGAGAAAGGAUAGUCUAUCCGGACGCAAAAAUAGAACCCUAUGUAAAUCGGGGAAGUGUGGCUGGUUUUUGAGUCCCUGGGACUUGGGAAUCCUAAGUAUCGGUAUUUUUCCUUUAGGAGAGUCGUUGGUCAUUCAGUUGGUAAAUAAUAGAUGAUCUCUUGAAGAUAGUCUGGGGGGGAGGGAGAGGGGGAGGAGGUGGAGUGGAGUAAGAGAGCGGUCUCUGGAACUCUUUAUGUGGUACUGCUGUUUUGGCAUGAGUGCAUUGAAAAUUGGGAUAUGUCUGGAGGGUGCAACUUGCUAUAUUUACUUUUACUAUGGGGUGUUUAGAUUAUUACGUAGAUUGUUAGCAUUUAUAUAAACAGAGGUAUUAUUCAGAGUGUUGCAAAGUGUUGCAUACCUGUGUGCAGUACCAUAAGUAGUUAUGUAUUUGUAUGUCUUGUAUGUCUUGUCCUGUGACUUUAAAAGGGUGAAUUUGGUAUGCAGGUUAAUAUAGUUCAUCAGAGCCGAUUAUCUAACAGAAGGUUUUUUUUUAUAUUAACAUAUAAAUGUUAAUGUGUAUCCAUUUAACUCCGUGGUUGGCCACGCUCCCCCUUAUUGGCCCAUUUUUGUGCCCUUUUGGCUUCUCUGAUUUGUUCUCCCAAAUCUUUUUUUUCCUUAAUGUAAUUGAGACAAGCCAAACCACCAUAUGGCCAAAAUUAGUGCACCUCGAAAAAAACAUUUCAGGACAUAGUGGUUUAUCAGCAUAAGUCUAGUAAUUACUGUGUAUUAUGUGUACCUACUGGUAAAUGUUUAAUUCUGUUGGUGUUUUGGGAAUCUAAAUAAAACAUAUUUGAGAAUUCCAUGCCAACAUUCUUGACCAUCUUUAUUAUACGUUUGUACUAAGAGUUGUAUGCUACAAAAAUCGUAAUUCUGAUUCCAUGUCAUUUUGUUUCUGUAAAUGUAUGAAGUAUAUCAAGACACGGGAUACUGUUUAAUAUUUUAUUAUUUUUUGUCAGGCAUUGCAAAGGAUGAGCAAUUUUUUUCUUCGAAAUCCUCCAAAAUGUACGUACUAGCUAUAUAUCUCGUAUUUCAAAUGAAUGUAUUUUUUUUUUUAAAUAAAAUAAUGCAGUAGUGAAUGACUUGAGUCAAAUCAAUUAAAACAAAAUAACUUUAUCGAUCAACAAACAGAUCUAAUGGACCCUGUGGAAUCAAG